AUGCCUCCAACCCCCUUUCAAGUCGAACCCGAACCCCAUGAAUCAAUCGACAUCUUCUCGACGAUCGAUUCCUACAACCUACCCGUCAUCACUCCCUGCUCCUCCACCCCCAACCCCCACAGCCUCGUACUCCCAAUGCUCUUCCACCUCCUCACCUGCGGCCACAUCGUCACAAUCGACGACCCUGACCGGCGCUGCGCCCGCAACUGCCACCACACCACCGACCCCCGCUCAUCGCGCUCCAGCGAAUUCCCAGACCCACAGCCCACACAAAGCGGCGAUGGAAUCACCUUCACCGAUGACAGCAAAGAUAUCCACGCCGACACCCUCUACUGCGAAGUCUGCACCGCAAUCCCAUUCGACAGGUACUACAUCAUGUUUCCACCCGCAGACACCACCCCUCUUCCCCGCCGCUGCUUAGCACUCUCACGCGCUAUCAUUGCCUGCGCAACGCUGCUGCCCGCGCCGGCGAUAGAGGAACUCUUGUGUCCUGUGUUGUACGUCCCCGGACGCGUGCCGCAUGAGUUGAAGUGCGGGCAUAGGGUUUGGUGUUUGUCGGAGAGGCGGUGCGGGGUCAAUUGUAGGGAGGAGGGGUGGAAGGGGGAGGAUGGGUUGGUUUGUGGGGAGUGUAUCUGGAGGGGGGAGAGGGUGCAUGGGAGGUAUUGGGGGUGA